UGUGUAGGUAAUAGUAUAAAAUAAUUAAAUAUUAGAAUAUGAAGAAGGGGAUGUAUGCAAAUGAAGUUAAAAUAUUAAUUUGAUGAAAAUUAAGACAAUUGCUAUCCACUUGAAAUACUCCAAAAACUCACAUGUUUUUCACAAUAUAAAAGCAUCAGUGGCUGACAUUCUUCAGGACAAAGACUUCUGUGAAUCAGGUGUUAUUGAAGCUGUAACAGUUAUCAUCAUGUCUUCCAUAGAACCGAUUCUCAACUCUGCCAAGAAUACAGCUGCCAUGUAUUUCAACAACCAAUACAGAAAUGAGACAACAGUUUCUAAACGGGCCAUUGGCGUCAUUAAAUAUCCUGAUCUAUUAGUGGAUUAUGCUUGUAAAGCCAGGGAGAAUGUAUACGAUGCAGUUCUCAAUAAGAACGGAAUCAUAGAUCUUGGACUGGCUGAAAAUACACUGUGUGAGGAUAUGAUUCUAAAAAAAUUAAACGAUAUCCACUCGAAAAUUAAGAUUCAACAUGAAGACCUUUAUUACUUCAAAAACCACGGCAGUGACAAGUUUAGAGAGGCAGUUUCGAAAUUUAUGACGACAUUUUUACACCCUAUAAACCCCAUUGAUAAAAACAAUUUAAUUACACUCAGUGGUGUUACCAGUCUGCUAAACAUCGUCGCAUUUGGAUUAGCUGAAGAAAAUGAUUAUUUCCUUUGUUUGACACCGUAUUAUUCCAGAAUAAGAAACGAUAUCCUUGACUUUGCACGCAUCCAGACGUACGAUGUGUCAAUCAAAGAAACGGGUCCCAAUGGUGAAAUUGAAUACAUUGUCACUUAUAAAAAGCUUGAAGCUGCCUAUUUGAAAGCCAAAGAGAAGGGUUACUCAAUCAAGGGUAUAGUUGUUAUCAACCCGAAUAAUCCAACUGGACGCUUGCUGCCGAAGAACGAAAUCGAAAUUAUUUUUCAAUUCGCUAAAAGUUUUGACCUCCACGCCAUAUUUGAUGAGAUCUACGGGUUAUCGAUAUUCGGCACCGAUGCAGAACCAAUGAGUGUUUUGUCCAUGAAUAUUCCACAACCGACCAAAACACAUGUCCUGUGGGGAUUCAGUAAGGACUUGGCUUUGUCAGGUUUCCGAUGUGGAGUACUGUACAGCCAAAACGACAAACUACUGAGUUUCAUGCGUAAAGUGUCUUUCUACUCCGGAAUAUCCAUGGUAGUUCAAAACUUGCUCACUCGUUUCAUUGAAGACAUUGACUGGUUUAAGAAUAUUUAUUUCCCAACAUUAAGAGAACGAAUGAGCGAAACUUAUGAAAUGGCUGUGAGUCAACUAGAAUCUAAGGGAGUAACAGUGUACCGUUCCAGUGGAGGGUUCUUCAUUUGGGCAAACUUCUGUAAGUUUAUGAAAGAAGAUACUUUCGAAUGUGAAAUGGAACUUUUUAAAACUUUCUUCGAACACAAAGUUUUCUUUUGUGGUGGAAGAAUUUCUUACUCAAAGGAACCAGGCUGGUUUCGUAUUAUUUUUACCCGGAAGAUGCCUAUUCUAAAAGUUGCCUUGGAACGCAUUGAAAAAGUCCUGGAAUUGUACGGCUAAAUUAAUUAAUCGAUUAUUUCCGAUAUUGCUGAGGAAGAAAAUGAAAACAACCUAUGAACUCUGAAUAAGAUUUCAUUGACAUAUUUCUUUUAGUUUUCUUACGUAAUAAUGUGUGCAUUAAUGUCUGCUUUUGAUUGUAAUCAUUUGUAUGGUGUGCAUAUAGGAUAAUGGUAACAUGUUCCUGGGGAGUCAAUUCUUUGAUCUGGUUCCACUUCCUGAUUUAACCAUUCCACUUCAUAUACAAUUACUAAUCGUAACUUCCGUACUCAGUAGUGAUAGAGACGGUAACAUAGUCACCAUCCUUUAGCUUUGGAUCAAAGAUAUGUAAUCAGAAA